GAUCUUCUAGAUAUAAAAUGGAUGAAAGAUCUGAGUGUGAGAAGCCUAGUUUAUCAGGGCCGGAGUUUUUACCUCAUUUUGCCGAAGGAAAUAUUGUGAAAGGGUUCGGGCGAGGAUCUAGAGAACUAGGAUUUCCAACUGCUAACUUCUCUGAGGAAGUGAUCGAUAAUCUUCCUAAGGAGUUAAUCGGAGGAAUAUACUGGGGGUUUGCUAGCGUGGAUAAAGGGACAGUGCAUGGUAUGGUGAUGAGUAUAGGAUGGAAUCCGUUCUAUAAUAAUGAGAAAAGAGCAAUGGAAACCCAUAUUCUUCACAACUUUGACGGAGAACUGUAUGGACAAUGGCUAAAAGUGAUUAUGGUCGGAUACUUGAGACCGGAGCUGAACUACACCACCCUGGAGAACCUGAAAACUGCUAUCCAAGGAGAUAUUGACAAUGCUAAACUAGAAAUGGAAAAACCCGAGUUUAUCUCCUUCAAAACUCAUCCAUUCUUUUCCAGUUGACAUUUAAACUCCUAAACCAGGGGUGACAUAAAUUUAUACAUAAAGUUAAACCCUUUGAUCUGGGGAUCUGCAGUCUUCACAAUCUGUGAUAAAAUAUUAUAAUUUCAGA